UCGUGGGAUCCUGCCACCAAAAAUAUCAGAGGGCAGGGUCGAAAUAAGCCUGCCGGCAAGAAAUACGGUAGGCAAUCCGGUAAUGGACUGGGUGGGGGUAGAGUUGGUGGAAGAUACGGUGUACCUAGUAAUGAAGCUGGAAUGGCGGGCGAGAGGGGAGUUCGGGGGCGUAGACUUGAACCGCCCAGAGCGUGUACAUGCGACGGGGUCCUUACACCUGUCGGAAGAGGGAUGGCGGACCUUUGGGAUUGCUUUGGCUUCCGGGGAUGACCCCGUGCGAAUGUUCGAAGGGGCAUGGCAAGUAACCUGGCGGGAGGGGUUUGAGUUUGCAGACCCGGAACAAGAUGACGUAACGGCGGAGGUAAAAAUCGUCGCGGCAGGGGUUUUCGAGCUGCCAAAUGAGGUCGUACGGAUGAGUCUACCUCCCUUCCUGCUAAGACAAGUGGGAGGCAUAGAACGAGUGGAGCAGGCGGUGACUGCCGUAACUAGGCUAAAUUUUGACGAAGCAUUAAUGUAUCGAGAAUAUGAUUGGGCCUUUCUAGAGAUGGGGCCUUUCGGGGACGAACAAGGGCGCGAGGUGCUUUGUAUUCUAAGAGCAGCAGUAAAUGCUAGGCCAGGAGUUCCACAAAUAAGUGAUGAGACGAUGCGGAGAGUCAUGCGGCGAGAGGUAGGUCGGGGCGCGACCUACAUAAAUGAUCUCUACCGACUGUACGAACAGCAAGAGAAGGCUACUGCUCCCGGGGAACUAAGCAGAAUGACAACGGAAGAGGGGAUAGAUAACCAUAAGAAUGAAGGAGAAUCAGACUUAAAAGGCAGUGUCGCGCAAAGCGAAGGGGGGCAAAAGGACAGAGAAUCGAUAAAUCCGGAUGAUACCAAAGGGAACCGGAAGGAAAUCUCCACAGGAGAAAGCUCGGGGAAAGCCGGGGGAAGAAGGCAAGGGACCCAGGGGACCAAGGAAGGCAGAAAUAAGGAUAGGACAGGCCCCCGAAACUCGGAAGGAGUCAUGCCUAAGAAAGUAAGGGUCACGGACACAAGGCGCAAACUAGCCGAGAUAGACAAGAGGACCGCGAAAUACAAGGCAAGACUGAUUGAGGAAAUGAUGAAUGGGAAGGAAGAAGGUCCUCUGCAGGAGGAACCCCGGGACGAACGGAAAGCCAGCCAAGGUGGGACUGCACAAGGGGAUAAAGGUAGUGAUCGUGGGGGAACGUCGAGCAAGAGAAGGAGAGAGAGAGAGAACUCUCCGGGGAUGGAAGCAGAAAAGGCUACGACUCCGCCGACCAUGGACAGUAGGGCUAGCCGCCUGCCGAUCACGCCAGCAGUAGCGCGAGGAUGCGAGGGACUUUGGAGCCUUAGGGAAAGAGUGUUGGGAUGGUUUGACCCGGAAGGAACUAUGAAAACAAGGGAGGGACAGAAGGCCGGUAAGGAAUGUCCGGAUAACAGUGUGGCAGGCGAGGCCAACAGCUCCGAGGGCGACCUUAAGAAGAUAGUGUCGUCCCUCGCGAGAGCACUUAACAAAAAUCAAGGCUAUCUGACAGACGCCAAGAAAAAGCUGACUUUCGAUGGAGCAAACAUCACGGAGUUCCUGAUCGACUACGAGAACCUAGCUGCGUUACUAAAGUGGACCGAGGAGGAAAAGAUGGACCUUCUAGGACAACAUGUGUCGUUAAGCCUGGGACGGGACAUAAUGGCCAUUGUAGCCGCAAGCCAGUCUUGGAAGGAGACCCUGGAUGUGAUGAUGAGGAAGUACCUAGCGGCAGAGAAAAUGGCAACGGAGGCCGACCUAGCGGCAGUUCAGAGGAAAAACUUCGCAACAUACAAUGAUUUCCUACGGGAAUUUACUCUGGUAGCACUAAGGAUCCCCGGGGUCACGGACUGGAUAAUGAGCAAAUAUUUCCUCAGGCAGUUCUUCGAGUUCGACAAAGACAAGAUCCUGUUAGCCUACCAACAGACGAGCAAGUUCGUAAACACGCGGGAUGUUGAUUUUAACACGGUCAUUAAAGGGGAGAUAUUUGGACCACAAGGGGAACGGGUGAACAAGAGCUCGCUAGGAGGGAUGCGGCGAGCCAUUAUCAUGCUCAACGGUCUAGAAAUAACAGCCGUAGAAGUCGAACUGGUGGGCGAGAUCAUCUGGGAUCAGCUCCGGGGGCGCGGGCCGCAGGCCAAAUUUAUUUUGGAAAGCGACGGACGUGAUAGGGUGAACGCAACCACUCGACUGGGAACGGCCGGGAGAAGGAUUAACCGUGACACCAUUAUGGAGGAGGUCGCCGGAAGCUCCGAACCGCAGGCGGAGCCUGAGGCCGAGAAACCAAAGAAAGUCUAUGGGAAGCCUAGGGAAGAGGAGUCUGCGGACAAGGUUAUCGCCGCUAAGAAUAAGUUUAGGUACCAAAUCCCGAUCUUAACCCUGCCUGAGCUCGACGACAACAUUAGCAAGUUACUAGGAACCAUGAUGUCGGUGUCUUUUCAGACCAUGCUGCAAGCUAGCCCUAGGUUGCUCAAAGGGCUCAGACAACUCUUGACUCGGAGGCGAGUAGAAAUAGGCGACAACCCCGAGUUACCAGAAGGGGAGAGGGAGGAGGAAGCUCCGCAAGAAGUGGCUAACCUUCAGAGGAGUCACGGGGACUUUGAGAAUCUCGAAAAGGCCUUUGCAGACAUUCGUUUGAGCUUGCCCGACCGAGAGGGCGGUGAAGUCAUGAGAUCGCCACUCGGGACGAAGCAUAGCUUUCAUGCGCUGCCUGUAGGGAAACUGAAAAUCCAGAUCGGGAGUCAUCAUACCGACACAUUAGUAGACGGGGAAGCGGAAAUCACUCUCAUAAGAAGAGAUUUCACAAUGAUCACAGGAUGUACGGUAGGCAUGCACUUGCACGAUGGCUCAUACAUGGUAGACAUAGAGGACCCUGUGACCGGUCGGGGAGAGCUUCUCCGACUCCUUGGAACGAGAGGAGACCCCCCGAGGGCGAAAUUGGCAACAUGGUCGCCGUCGUUCGAGGAUAGCACGCGAAAAGGGGCUUUCGCACGGAUGGAGGGUAUGAGAGAAAGGGUAGAAAUCAUGAUUGAGGAAGCAUUCAACAAGAAGAAGUGGAUCAAGAUGGGUCUGCCCAAAAAGAAGAGGAGGCAGGAGGACGAAGUCCCAGAUCCGGCAAUGACCGACAAGAUAUCACAGUGGCCGACACCACUGCGCACGACGAUGGAGGUAAGGGCAUUCCUAGGCGUAGUCGGCUUUUGGAGGAUCUUCAUUAAGAACUUUGCCAAGAUUGUUGAGCCUAUCCGGGCUAUAAUCAGGGAAGAAGGAACCAUGAAUUGGACAGAGGAGCGAGAAGGAGUUGUCCAAAGGCUCAAGGACAUAUUGAUAUCUGAGACAGUCGCCCUGUCCGCGCCUUGUUUUAAUGACGAAGUGGGACGACCCUUCAUCCUAGAGACGGAUGAAGGACCUUUGGCCGUAGGAGGUGUGUUGAUUCAAAGGGAUGAGGGAGGACAAGAGAAGCCGAUUAGGUUCGAAAGUAGAAGCCUGAACUCCGCAGAACAGCGGUACUCGCAAUUCAAGAAGGAAGUCCUAGACAUCCUGCAUUGCCUUAAGACCUUCCAGGCCUAUCUAUUUGGGAGGCGGUUCAUCUUAAGGAUCGAUCCGACGAAUGUCGCAGGGGCUCUAAAGAAUUACAGACCUAUAGAUCCGAUGGUAGAGAGAUGGGUAGGAUUCAUCUGGCAGUUCGAUUACAAGAUCGAACGGAUUGCUGGAAUCCGCAGCAAGGCAGAUGGGCUGAGUCGGGUUUGCAUCACUCCUGAAGGAAUGGAGAAUGCAGAUCUCGGACUAGCAAGGCAUAAGAAAAUAGAGCCUUGAGAGGCUCGACAUGAGAAAAAGACUGCCCUUAGAAAAUCGAAGCAGAAGGGGCUCAAAAUUGGGCAAACAGGAACAAAAUGGAGCCCCCUAG